GUAUCUGGAAACCGUACUGCCCUGAGAAAAACGCUCGCACUCAACUACAAAAUUUACAAAUCCACAAGUAACUACGUAAAGGAAUGGAGUUAAUGCAGUCGAGAUUCUAUAAUGGCAUCCAGUAGACAUUAACAAAUAUCUGAGGCCAUACUAAAUCACGAAGAAGAGAGCUGAAUUAAAUCAAUCGGUUUACACAUGCUUGCGAUAAAGAUAUUGGAUAUAGGAUAUAAAUGCUCAUAGCCUAAAUUUGUGCGUUACUUUGUCACGGUUUUUGAAGAUAAUUUCAGCCUCAACAAAUUAGCACAAUUUUCGCUAUCAUUGGAAAAGAUUUUGUAGAAAGUUGGCUGGAUCAGUCGUCCAGUUUCUGUCAGUGUGAUUAAAAUGUCCCAUGUUUUGCGUAAUGUACAGUUCUUCCAUCAUUUGAAUUCAUUCAAACGUUAUCUCAAACCUUUAUUUCUGAACCACUCAAUAAGAAAGUUUAAUGAAAACUCCACCCCUGCUUCCAAAACGUAACUCUAAAUAUAUUAUGUAUUUUAAUGUUUAAUUUUAGAGUAAAUGUUCGAUUUGUUGAUCGAAAUGGUAACACCAGACAUCUUGAAGGAGAAGUUGGAGAUAAUUUGAUGGUACUGGCCCGCCGGCAUAAUAUUGAAAUAGAGGGAGCUUGUGAGGGUUCUCUGGCAUGUUCCACUUGCCAUGUCUAUAUUGAUCAAAAAUUUUAUGAUCUGCUCCCACCUGCUUCUGAGGGGGAGGAAGAUAUGUUAGAUUUAGCUGUUUUCCUACAAGAAAACUCUAGGUUAUCCUGCCAAAUAGUGCUGACCAAAGAACUAAAUGGAAUGACAAUCACUUUGCCAAAGGCUACAAGAAAUUUCUAUGUUGAUGGACAUAUUCCACAACCUCAUUAGUUAUCAUCAUCUUAAGAUAACUUUAUGUAUAUUGUAUAUAAUAGUAAUAUCAGAAAAAUUAAAUAAAAGAAACAUUAUUUUCUGAAA